AUGGCUGCUUCAAUGGUAUCCUCUCAACCCGAAGAGAUUAGUGCUGCUCAAUAUGUCGGUUUUGAUUCUAUCACACGUCAAAUCGAGCACAAAUUACUUAAGAGAGGAUUCCAAUUCAACGUUAUGGUAGUCGGUCAAACUGGAUUGGGGAAAUCUACAUUGAUCAACACCCUCUUCGCUUCUCACCUGAUCGACUCGAAAGGUAGAACAGAGGUUGAUACUCAACCAAAGCAGACUACUGAAAUUCACGCUUUGUCUCAUGUCAUUGUUGAGAACGGCGUAAGGUUGAAAUUGAAUAUCAUCGAUACACCAGGUUACGGUGAUAAUGUGAAUAAUGAAGGAUGUUGGGACCCUAUCGUGAAAUAUAUCAAAGACCAACAUUCAGCUUAUUUGAGGAAAGAGCUCACCGCGAUGAGAGAUCGAUUCAUCCCUGACACUCGAAUUCACUGUUGUUUGUUCUUCAUCAACCCUACUGGACAUACCCUCAAACCUAUCGACAUAGUCGUCCUUAAGAAACUUGCCGAAGUGGUCAACGUCGUUCCCGUCAUUGCCAAGUCAGACUCAUUGACUUUGGAAGAACGAGCCAUCUUCAAACAAAGGGUAAUGGCAGAACUUCAAUUCAACCAAAUCAGAUUAUACCCAUUUGAUGCUGAUGAAUUAGAUGAAGAGGAAUUACAACUGAACGAGAGGAUCAGGGAUAUGCUCCCAUUCGCCAUCGUCGGUUCCGAAAAAUCAGUGAUCAUCGACGGUAAACCCGUCAGAGCAAGGAAGAACCGAUGGGGCGUCAUCAAUGUGGAAGAUGAGAACCAUUGUGAAUUCAUCUACCUAAGGAAUUUCCUUACUAGAACCCAUUUACAAGAUUUGAUUGAAACUACCGCUCAAAUCCACUACGAGUCGUUCCGAUCUAAACAAUUAUUAGCUUUGAAAGAAUCUUCAGCUAAGAACCAACAGUCUGCUGCUACUGCUUCUGCCUAG